AUGGCGUCUAACGAUGUGUACCAAACGCCCCUCAACUCGCGUUACUCGAGCAAUGAGAUGAAAUAUCUCUUUUCUCCUCGCAACCGAUUCUCAACUUGGCGAUCAUUGUGGACAUGGCUCGCUGAAGCUGAGAAGGAGCUUGGCCUCCCCAUCAGCGACGAAGCAAUCACCCAAAUGAAAGCCCACCUCAUCAUCCAAGACGACGAGUUCGCCGUUGCCGCCGAAGAAGAGAAGCGCCGACGCCACGAUGUCAUGGCCCACGUCAAGGCCUUUGGCGACGUUGCCCCUGCAGCCAGCGGAAUGAUUCACGUCGGCGCAACCAGCUGCUUCGUGACCGACAACGCGGAUCUGAUCUUCUUGAGGGACGGAUUGGAUAUUUUGAUUCCCAAAUUGGCGACCGUUAUUGAUAAGCUUGCUGCGUUUGCGAAGGAGUAUAAGGAUCUGCCUUGUUUGGGAUUUACGCAUGGUCAGCCCGCUCAGUUGGUUACUGUUGGUAAACGAGCUGCUCUCUGGCUUCAGGAUCUCUUGAUGGAUCUGCGUAAUUUAGAGCGAGCCAGGAAGGAUCUCCGUUUCCGUGGUGUCAAGGGUACUACCGGUACUCAAGCAUCUUUUCUGCAAAUCUUCAACGGAGACCACGCUAAAGUCGAAAAACUCGACGAACUCGUCACCGAAAAAGCCGGCUUCGACUCCGCAUUCAUCAUUUCUGGCCAGACAUACUCCCGCAAAAUCGACGUCGAUGUCGCCAACGCUCUAGGCUCGUUUGGAUCUACCUGCGAGAGAAUCGGAGGCGAUAUUCGCCAUCUUGCCAUGCUCAAGGAAGUUGAGGAGCCGUUUGAGAAGGACCAGAUUGGAAGUAGUGCGAUGGCAUACAAGAGAAACCCCAUGCGAUCUGAGCGUCUGUGCUCGCUUGGUCGACACCUCCAGAAUCUGCCCAAGGAUGCUUUAGAUACUUACUCUGCGCAGUGGUUUGAGCGCUCUCUCGACGACAGCGCCAUCCGUCGUAUCAGUCUUCCGGAACUCUACCUGUGCGCAGACGCCUGCUUGAUUCUGCUUAACAACGUCACAUCCGGCUUCGUCGUCUACCCCGAAGUCAUCCGCCGUCGCGUCCAGGAAGAGCUCCCCUUCAUGGCCACCGAAAAUAUUAUCAUGGCCUGCGUCGCCAAAGGCCUUUCCCGCCAAGACGCCCACGAAGAAAUCCGAGUCCUCUCCCACCAAGCCUCAGACAACGUGAAAAAACAAGGCAAAUCCAACGACCUCAUCGAGCGCAUCCGUCGUACACCCUUUUUCGAGCCUAUCAUCGCUGAACUUGAUUCCUUGCUCGAUCCGAGCACAUUUAUCGGUCGUGCGCCGCAGCAGGUUGACAAGUUUGUGGAUACAGAAGUUAAGGCUGCGUUGGCGCCUUAUCAGAAGAGUCUUGUUAAGGAAAUUGCGGAGUUGCAUGUCUAG